UGGUGGUGUCCUGUCCUUUCAAGCUGUUGGCCUGAGGUAGGACUAGUGGAGUAGGGUGGUGCGUUUGAGUGUAAGGUAUUUUUGUUGAUUUAUUUUAAUUUUCAAGCUAAGUAUAAGGGAGUUAUACUCCAGUCUAGUAUGUGGCGGUAAUGCAAAAGUGUUUGGAUGCCAACCGCCUUUAAACCUCAUCGAAGAAGAAGUAAAGGAAGCGAAGUCGCUCUCGCCCCCCCCUUUCGCUAAUUUCACUGUUUAUUUCACCGUGUUUAUGAUCCGGGUGGAGCAGUAAACGUGGUAGAUGUGAGUGACGAUGUUUUUAACACCGCUAUUACGAAUAUUAGCAGUGUCCAUCCCGUCGUUUAAACCACUGAAACAAUUGUGCUUAAAAUGUUUGACUGGCAAAGGGGAUGUUUUCGUAUGCUUAAAAACAUACACCAAGCAAUGUACUUUAUGGAAUGUAUUCAAACAACCGUGUUCAGUAAGCUGUGGAUAAGACUGGCAGUGGACAAAGUGCAGUGUUGUUCACCGGAGAGUAGCCUAUACAUUUCAUACGAACUCCUGGCUAGCCACUGGACUUGCAGCUACCUUUAACUAGCUGUAUAAUUCAUCCCACAUUACGAUCAACUGGCCAGCUGUAUCAGGCAGCUAGAUGCGAGGGAAAACAAAUCUAUUUGGUAGCUAUCCGUCUGAUUGAUGUUAAGAAUGCUAUUUGUUACAGAAUCUCCCUGUCGAGGGCGCUACAGUACGCUAUAUCACUGUUUGUCUGAGUAUUUGUGUAUUCAUCAAUUCCGCAUACUCAUGCCUUAAGCCAAUCGAAAAAAAAAUAGCAAUGUGUCUGUCUCACACAAAGUUCCCUCCAUUUUUUCCCGGUGCAAAUUUCAGGUUUUCUGAGCAAACUUUAACGUCAUGUGCAACUUCCAACGCGCGUUUAUUGUGAACACUGACGCAUGUUGAUUUUCGUCCAUCCACACCAGACGCGAUCAGGUCACAUUGGUUGAAAUAUCAAAACAAACUAUAUUAAUUUGGGGACAGGUCGAAAAUCAUUAAACAUGUAUGGCAAUUUAGCUAGCUUGCUGUUGCUAACUAAUUUGUCCAGGGAUAUAAACAUUGGGUUAUUUUACCUUAAAUGUACAAGGUCCUCUACUCCGACAAUUAAUCCACAGAUAAAAUAGUAAAAGUUUGUCCAUGAACAAAAUGUGCACACGUGGCUACAUACAGCUCUCGCUCUGAUCUCAAAACGAGCGCAUCAAAUCAGUUUAUUUGUCACCUUCGCGAAUACAACACUUUCCUACUCAUUCAUUACUGCUGCUGUGCUAGUUGAGGCGCUGAGUGGAAGUAGGAAGAACUCACAUUUUAUGGCUUAUAAAAGUGUUGAAUACAAAGUGUUGACAGUGCUGAGUAAGGACUGAAACAUGAAUUCACUCAUAAAAACAGCAUCUCUUUGCUAUUUUGAACCAUUUCAUGUGUCUGAAGGUGUAAACUCUGCCUUCCCGGCAGGCCCAGAGUGCUGCAGACAGUCAUCUGAGCAGUAGGCCUAAAGUGCAUUUGAUUUGCUCUCUGGGCCCAUCGGAGAAGGCAGCGUUUGCGUCUCUCUGCCUGCUUCCAGAGGCAGUUUGGAACUCGGUAGUGAGUGUUGCAACCCAGGAAAGACCAUUUUUCUAACGCGCUUCAGCACUCGGCAGUCCCAUUCUGUGAGCUUGUACCACUUCGCGGCUGAGCCGUUGUUGCUUUUAGAUGUAUGUUUCCACUUCACAAUAACAGCACUUACAGUUGACCAGGGUAGCUUUAGCAGGGCAGAAAUUUAACAAACUGACUUUUUGGAACGGUGGCAUCCUAUGAUAGAGUUCAGUGUGUCAAAUCGGAGGGUCUGCUGUCCGGACCUCUGGCAGUCUCUAUGGGGGUGCCACAGGGUUCAAUUCUUGGACCGACUCUCUUCUCUGUAUACAUCAAUGAGGUCGCUCUUGCUGCUGGUGAGUCCCUGAUCCACCUCUACGCAGACGACACCAUUCUGUAUACUUCCGGCCCUUCUUUGGACACUGUGUUAACAACCCUCCAGGCAAGCUUCAAUGCCAUACAACUCUCCUUCCGUGGCCUCCAAUUGCUCUUAAAUACAAGUAAAACUAAAUGCAUGCUCUUCAACCGAUCGCUACCUGCACCUACCCGCCUGUCCAACAUCACUACUCUGGACGGCUCUGACUUAGAAUACGUGGACAACUACAAAUACUUAGGUGUCUGGUUAGACUGUAAACUCUCCUUCCAGACCCAUAUCAAACAUCUCCAAUCCAAAGUUAAAUCUAGAAUUGGCUUCCUAUUUCGCAACAAAGCAUCCUUCACUCAUGCUGCCAAACAUACCCUUGUAAAACUGACCAUCCUACCAAUCCUCGACUUUGGCGAUGUCAUUUACAAAAUAGCCUCCAAUACCCUACUCAACAAAUUGGAUGCAGUCUAUCACAGUGCAAUCCGUUUUAUCACCAAAGCCCCAUAUACUACCCACCAUUGCGACCUGUACGCUCUCGUUGGCUGGCCCUCGCUUCAUACUCGUCGCCAAACCCACUGGCUCCAUGUCAUCUACAAGACCCUGCUAGGUAAAGUCCCCCCUUAUCUCAGCUCGCUGGUCACCAUAGCAUCUCCCACCUGUAGCACACGCUCCAGCAGGUAUAUCUCUCUAGUCACCCCCAAAACCAAUUCUUUCUUUGGCCGCCUCUCCUUCCAGUUCUCUGUUGCCAAUGACUGGAACGAACUACAAAAAUCUCUGAAACUGGAAACACUUAUCUCCCUCACUAGCUUUAAGCACCAACUGUCAGAGCAGCUCACAGAUUACUGCACCUGUACAUAGCCCACCUAUAAUUUAGCCCAAACAACUACCUCUUUCCCAACUGUAUUUAAUUUUUAUUUAUUUAUUUAUUUUGCUCCUUUGCACCCCAUUAUUUUUUUAUUUCUACUUUGCACAUUCUUCCAUUGCAAAACUACCAUUCCAGUAUUUUACUUGCUAUAUUGUAUUUACUUUGCCAUCAUGGCCUUUUUUGCCUUUACCUCCCUUCUCACCUCAUUUGCUCACAUUGUAUAUAGACUUGUUUAUACUGCAUUAUUGACUGUAUGUUUGUUUUUACUCCAUGUGUAACUCUGUGUCGUUUUAUCUGUCGAACUGCUUUGCUUUAUCUUGGCCAGGUCGCAAUUGUAAAUGAGAACUUGUUCUCAACUUGCCUACCUGGUUAAAUAAAGGUAAAAUAAAUAAAUAAAUAAAAAAUGACGGUGCCACAUGGGAAGUCACUGAGCUCUUCAGUAAGGCCAUUCUACUGCCAGUGUUUGUCUUUGGAGAUUGCAUGGCUGUGUGCUCGAUUUUAUACACCUGUCAGCAACGGGUGUGCCUGAAAUAGACAAAUCAUUAAGGUUUUCGGACCAUUAUUUCAAGCAAAAAAACAUGAUUAACUGUGUGGUCUCAAAUAUUCAACAUUAAGGAAAUUAUAAGUUACAGUAUAAUAAAUAUCUUUGUUUUUUCAUUGGAUGACCCCUCAUUUCGAAUGACUUAAAAAUGUUGGGGGAAAAGGGAGAUGGUUUGUUAAAGAGGAUUGGUAGAAAGUGUAAGCUGAGUGAGCUGUAUGUCCUCAUUCACUUCCAUUUCUGUUGUUCGAUCCAACAAAGUAUCCGAGGGGGAAGGUGUGGUGAACACAUGCCAUCUGAUGCCCCCUUCCCGUGGGCCUUUUUCAGAAAGGUUCCAGGUUAUUUGUUUGAAUCCGUAACUAUGUGGCAGAGUGCGAAGUAGAUACAUGUCCUUGUUUCUGUAUUGGGUGAUGGGACCGUAGCUCAUCAUGUGGAGUGUCAUGAUUUGUGGAUUCUUGUUCUUGACAUCUCUUAGGACAGACUCCAGGUGAGUCCAUACUGCUCUCUCAUUAUGUCUAAGCGAGUCAGAUAUGGUGGCGUAGGACUGGCUUCCCUCCGAUCGUAGACUGCUGUCUAUGUAACCGAUGUGAAAUGGCUAGCUAGUUAGUGGUGGUGCGCGCUCGCUCUGAGACCUUGAAGUAGUGGUUCCCCUUGCUCUGCGAGGGCCGUGGCUUUUGUGGGUAACGAUCCUUCGUGGGUGUCAGUUGUUGAUGUGUGCAGAAGGUCCCUGGUUCGAGCCUGGGUAGGGGCGAGGGGACGGACUAAAGUUAUAUUGUUACAUCUACUCCCCCCAAAGUAGAACGACUGGGUUUCUGUGGCUUAUUUGCAAUUGAGUUAGCAGUAAUCCGAAUCCUGACGAUAAAUGCAUGUGCAAAUUGACCCUCAAUUAAUAUAGAUAGAUAGGUUAGUAGUUGUUUACAUAAACAUAUUUUCAGUAUUAGCUGCUUGAUAAAAAAAUGUUUUUGACAUAAAACACCCUUAUCCUACAAAAACCUGUAGAUGAAUAACUUAAUACAAACAUAUUGACAUCAUUCAGUACAACCAUAUUGUGAUUCAUUGUUUAAUUGAACCUUUUAUUUAUCUAGGCAAAUCAGUUAAGAACAAAUUGUUAUUUACAAUGACGGCAUAGGAACAGUGGGUUAACUGCCUUGUUCAGGGGCAGAACAACAUAUUUUGACCUUGUCAGCUCGGGAAUUCGAUCUAGCAACCUGUCGGUUACUGACCCAACGCUCUAACCGUGAGGCUACCUGCCGCCCCCGGCAUAUGGUGUAACCGGAAUUUCUGGUGACUCCGAAUGCUUAUUUUAGUUACACCUUAUGACUUUUCUCACAUAAACAUGUGCUUAUACACACACGUGGACACUUGACAUUGACAUAAAGUAUUUUCUAAACGUUAAAAAAUACAUGUAUGAAAAUACCCGCAAAUAAGUAUGGAGACGGUAUUUAAAGUUAGAGCGACAUUUAGUAUAAAGACAAAUUUAAAGUUUAUCUUCACUGUCCAGAUAAAUAUGUAGGGGAGUAUAGGCCCGGAUUCAAUACAAGGUGUUAUAGCACAAUAUAACAAACUUCUAAUAGUAAAUUACGCUUCAGCCGACAUGUGUACAUGUGUAGUGCAGUGUCCGCGAACGUCAGGGGAAAAUGCAUUUUUAAAGGCGCGUUGUUUGCUGUUUAGUGCGCUGCACUUUAACGCAACUUGCAUUGAAUCCCAGCCAUCAGCGAUGUAGUGGUAAAAAAAAAAAAGUUGGGUAUACGCUGAUCGCCGUUCGCGGUAAGUAAAGAAACAUUCCCUUUACUUUGAAUGCAUUUUCCUGCUAAAGGUGGGUAAAUGCUCACACAAAAUAAAAAGGUUUGUAAACUGCCAGCCAUAAAUUACUACAGACAUUGAUCAAUAGCUUAGCCGUUAUAUUGCACCUGUUAUUGGUCCCCUUUUCCAUCCCAGGUGAAGACUUGUUCCACGUGUGAGAACAGAACGGGCUACUGCUCAAGAGCAUGGCCCCUCUCCCAAUGCUUGCUGGUAAGGAGGAGGUCAAAAGCACAUCCGACCACGUCCUUGAGACGUUCUAUCCCAUCUCUCCCACCAUCGACCUGCAGAGUGUCCAGGUCUACCAGGAGCAGAACCAUAAAGAUUCCUCCAGGUCUGUCGGGGUACAAGUCUAAAAUAUUCCUGAGGUUCCUGUCCCUUUAUCUGAACGGAGCUGUGUGAGCUGCAAAAAUCAGCGCCUGAACAACAACAAUAACCUUCCCAUUUCUAUUGUCAAUACUGUCAUAUCUGAAAAUACAGAAACCCUAGAUAAUCUAUCUCAUCAUAGUCAAACGUUUGAUUGUCUUUCUCUACCCUCGGACUUGUGGUUUUGAAUUACACUCAACGAAAAUAAACGCAACAUCCAACAAUUUUUAAAUAUUUUUUACUAAGUUACAGUUCAUAUAAGGAAAUCAGUCAAUUGAAAUACAUGAAUUAGGCCCUAAUCUAUGGAUUUCACAUGACUGGGAACACAGAUACGCAUUUGUUAGUCACAGAUACUGUACCUUAAAAAAAAGAAGGUAGGGGUGUAGAUCAGAGAACAGUAUCUGGUGUGACCAUCUGCCUCGUGUAGCGCGACACAUCUCCUUCACAUAGAGUUGAUCAGGCUGUUGAUUGUGGUCUGUGGAAUGUUGCCCCACACCUCUUUAAUGGCAGUGCGAAGUUGCUGGAUAUUGGUGGGGACUGGAACACGCUGUCGAUCCAGAACAUCCCAAAUAUGCUAAAUGGGUGACAUGUCUGGUGAUCUUGUCACAGUAUCUCUAUGCAUUUAAAUUGCCAUUGAUAAAAUGCAAUUGUGUUUGUUGUCUGUAGCUUAUGCCUGCCCAUACCAUAACCAGACCACCACCAUGGGGCACUCUGUUCACAAUUUUGGAAUCAGCAAACUGCUUGCCCACACAACGCUGUACAGUUGAAACAGGGAUUCAUCCAUGAAGAGCACACUUCUCCAGCAUGCAGGUGGCCAUCGAAGGUGAGCAUUUGCCCACUGAAGUCGGUUACGACGACAAACUGCAACAGGUCAAGACCCCGGUGAAGACAACGAGCAUGCAGAUUAGAUGGGUUCUGAUAGUUUGUGCAGGAAUUAUUCAGUUGUGCAAACCCACAUUUUCAUCAGCUGUCCGGGUGGCUGGUCUCAGACAAUUCCGUAGGUGAAGAAGUCGGAUGUGGAGGUUCUGGGCUGGCGUGGUUACACGUGGCCUGCGGUUGUGAGGCCGGUUGAACGUAAUGCCAAAUUCUCUAAAAGGACGUUGGGGGUGGCUUAUGUGAGAGAAAUUAACAUUAAAUGAUCUGGCAACAGCUCUGGUGGUCAUUCCUGUAGACCAGCAUUCCAAUUUUAGUCUCCCACAAAACAUGAAACGUCUGUGGCAUUGUGUUGUGUGACAAAACUGCACAUUUUAGUGGCCUUUUAUUGUCCCCAGCACAAGGUGCACCUGUGUAAUGAUCAUGCUGUUUAAUCAAGUUCUUGAUAUGCCAUACCUGUCAUUUUAAAGGAUAAUCUUGGCAAAGGAGAAAUACUCACUAACAGGGAUGUAAACAAAUUUGUGCACAAAAUUUUAGAAAAACUUUUUGUGCAAAUAGAACAUUUCUUGGAUCUUUUAUUUCAGCUCAUGAAACAUGGGACCAACACUUCACAUGUUGCGUCUAUAUUUCUAUGUAAUUAUGAUAAACACAUUAUAAAAAAAAUUAAAAAAUGUUUCCAUAACUUAUUGAGUGGUUACAGAUGUCACACAAUUAAAAUUGACUACAUGUCGUACUCAAGAUACAUUGAAAUAUGCCGGUGAAAUGAUCCAUUCCACCUUAAAAUGUGGAGGGUGUUAGCGUCACGUCCUACCCACAGUCACUAAAACGGUCCGACCACAAUAUCAUAACCACCUGAAGCGCGUCGGAGGUUGUCGAAACUGCAUGGGCAGAGUACGCGAUCUGGAAAAACCCAAUCUCGAAAUAUUCCGUGCGUGUUAUACCUUUUGAGGUAAAUGAAUAAACGAAAUCAAAUUAUCGUCGUCGUAUCCUGAUUCCACUGCUGCGUGGGCAUUUUGAUUUCAUGUUUGUACUUUGGAGUGAACUUUUCUCUGCAGUUAGCCACCUUUGCGAUCACUAGUGCAGUGUCCAUUCAUGCUGGUAGCUCAGAUUUAAUUUAGCUAAUGUGCUGCUACGUUUUUUACGACGGUACUUGCAGCUGUCGAAUAGAAUGAACUAGCAUUGCUGCUACUUAGCUGUCUAAGGGAAGCUCCUAUAGCAGAACAAGAUUUUGCAAUCACUGGCACUGCGCAAGAAUCUGUCACACCUACUGUGUAUAUUUGAGUUCAGAGAAAGCAUCUCCGGGACCCCUAAAAUGAGCAGACACCAAAAUGGGGAGGAGUACAGGAACCCAACAGAGGUGAAGAAGAGCCAGAUAGUGAUGCCCUGCCAUGCCAACCACCGCCAGGAGCUCAGCGUGGGAGAGCUGCUCAAAUGGAUGGACUCUACAGCCUGUCUGUCAGCUGAAAGGCAUGCUGGGUGUCCCUGUGUCACUGUCUCGGUCGACGACAUCCACUUUGAACACACUAUUGGGGUUGGACAGGUGGUCAACAUCAAGGCCAAAGUCAAUCGAGCUUUCAACACCAGCAUGGAGGUUGGAAUCGUGGUGAGCUGUGAAGACCUGUUCAGUGAUACCCACUGGAGUGUGUGUCGGGCGGUUGCCACGUUUGUCAGCCAGCGCACCACGGGAGGGAAGGUGCAGCUGCGUCCGUUGGUCCCCUGUACACAGGCGGAGCAGGUGGAGCACAGUCUAGCAGCUGAGAGGAGGAGGAUGAGGCUCGUCCACGCUGAUAUCAUGAAGGACCUGCUCGCUAACAGGGCCUUCCAACAAGUGGAGGUCCAGGAGGCUGAGAAGGCGGUGCCAGCAGAGAGGACACGGGUGGAGAGUGUUGAGUUGGUUCUUCCCACUCAUGCCAACCACCAGGUCAACACGUUCGGAGGACAGAUCAUGGCCUGGAUGGAGAACGUGGCUACCAUCGCUGCAAGUCGUCUGUGUAACGCUCACCCCACCCUGCAGAGCAUAGACAUGUUCCAUUUCAGGGGUCCCUCACACGUGGGCGACCGGCUGGUCCUCAAAGCCAUAGUCAACAAUGCAUUCAAGAACAGCAUGGAGGUGGGCGUGUGUGCGGAGGCUUAUCAGGGGGAGGAGCCUCUGAGACACAUCAACAGCGCCUUCAUGACCUUCGAAAUCCGCGACCAGGAAGGCAAGCCAUGCACGUUGCCAAGGAUACGACCCGAACCGCUGGAGGGAAUGAGACGUUACCAGGAGGCCAUCGCUAGAAACAAGAUCAGACUCGACAGGAAGUACAUAAUAUCCUGCAAGCAGACAGAGGUGCCCUUAUCUGUACCGUGGGACCUCAGCAACCAGGUGUACCUCAGCUACAACAACGUGUCUGCUCUGAAGAUGCUGGCCGCCAGAAACAACUGGUUGUUAAACUCUGAGAAAAACAAGGUGAGCCUGUACACCCUGGAGCAGAAGCAGGUGUUGAGUUUUAAGGUUGAGACGGAGGUAGACAUCCCAGCUGAGAGGGCCUUUAUGUUGCUCUCUGACUUAAGCAAGAGAGUGGAGUGGGACCCAAACUACGAGAGGUGUGAGCUGAUUCUUAGGGUGAACGAUGAUGACUUUCUGUACCGCGUGGUGACUCCUUCCAUAAGCCAGGAUGGGGCCAGUAACAGCCCUUCAGCCGAUCAGGGAGGGAAGGUCCAGGACUUCAUCCUCCUAGCCUCCAGGAGACCACCGUGUGACAGCGGGGACCCUUAUGUUAUUGCUCUGCGUUCGGUCACUCUACCCACACACCCUCCUACAGAGGGAUACAACAGGGGAGAGGUUUUGUGUGCCGGCUUCAGCAUCCUGGAGGUCUCCAAAGAUAUCUCCAAGAUCUCCUACUUCAACCAGGCAUCUCCCGAGGUCCUGCCCUACAUCUCCACAGACAUCGCCGGGCUCUCCUCCAGCUUCUACGGCAUCUUCUGCACCUGUAACACCUUCCUCCAGGAGAACAGGGUUGACCAUACCUCCACUCCCCAGUCCCAACCACCCUCCUCUACACUAAAACGUACACAACUCUAACCCUUUAUCCUUCACCAACCUGACCCCCUCACCCUUGAUGACUAUUGUACUGAUCGAUUGAACACACUGCCAUUAGAGGAUCCGAUUUUCUUCAACUGUUUAUUUUAUUAGAAUGGUUUAUGAAAGGAGCCUAAUUCCCAGAUUUGUUUGUGCAGUCUUGCCAACUCCUAUGGUCAUUGACAAUGACCAUGAAUGUAGGAGUUAGCAAAACAGAUCUGGGACCAGGAACGUUUUUUUGUGGCUGUGAGUAAUUACAAUUGUCCCUUAAAGCACUUAGUCUCCCUAUUCUCCCCACCUGUGUUCCUUGGAUUGACACCCAACCCCCUGUGACCUGGCUCAAGCCUGCCCAGAGCACUCUGGCCUCUUCACACACUAAGCUGAGCCAUGUUGACAGCAAGGAUUAUUAGUGUGGAAAACUGUUUUUGACAAUAAAGGGUCAGAAUUGCA